GGCGCGAUGUGCCGCCCCCCCCGGAAGAGAGCGCGAAGGGGCGGGCUGGCGCAGGCGCGUGGCGGCGGGAGCACGCGGUGCCGCAGCGGUUGGGCCCCGCGCUGCCCGCGGGCCGGGAGCGGCAGCACCGGUGGCGGGGCGCGCGCUGAGGCUCGGGAGGGGCCUGGCCGCCAUGGGCCGCCGGGCGCGUGACCGCAGGCGGCAGCAGCAGCAGCAGCAGCGGCGGCCGGAGCGGGACGGGGGCGGCGGGGACCAAGCGGGCUGGGCCGGCGGCUACCCAGAGAUCGUGAAGGAGAACGAGCUGUUCGAGCGCUACUACCGGGAACUGGGCAUCGUGCCCCGCGGCGAGUGGGACGCCUUCAUGGCGGCGCUGAGGGAGCCGCUGCCCGCCACGCUGCGCAUCACCGGCUACCGCAGUCACGCCAAAGAGAUUCUCCACUGCUUGAAGGAAAAGUACUUUAAAGAGCUGCAGGACCUGGAGGUAGACGGCCAGAAAGUCGAAAUGCCGCAGGCGCUGAGCUGGUAUCCGGAAGAGCUGGCGUGGCACACUAACUUGAGUAGAAAAAUCUUACGCAAGUCGCCACAGCUGGAAAAGUUUCAUCAAUUUCUGGUUAGCGAGACAGAAUGUGGAAAUAUCAGUCGUCAGGAAGCUGUUAGUAUGAUCCCACCUCUGCUGCUUGAUGUUAACCCUCAUCAUAAGAUUCUAGAUAUGUGUGCUGCACCUGGAUCUAAGACUGCACAGCUCAUUGAAAUGUUGCAUGCAGACAUGAAUGUUCCUUUUCCCAAGGGUUUUGUAAUUGCUAAUGAUGUUGACAACAAGCGCUGCUAUUUGCUGGUUCAUCAGGCUAAGAGAUUAAACAGUCCAUGCAUCAUGGUGGUAAACCAUGAUGCCUCCAGCAUUCCUAAUCUACAAAUAGAUGUUGAUGGAAGAAAAGAGGUCCUCUUCUACGACAGGAUUUUAUGUGAUGUCCCCUGCAGCGGAGAUGGAACCAUGAGGAAAAACAUCGACGUGUGGAAGAAGUGGACAACACAAAACAGUUUGCAGCUCCACGGAUUGCAGUUAAGAAUUGCAACCCGUGGUGUUGAACAGCUGGCGGAAGGCGGAAGAAUGGUAUAUUCUACAUGUUCGUUGAAUCCUAUUGAAAAUGAAGCUGUGAUUGCAUCUCUGCUAGAAAAGAGUCAAGGUGCCUUAGAACUUGCUGAUGUCUCUUCUGAGUUACCAGGUUUGAAGAGGAUGCCAGGAAUUACAAAAUGGAAGGUAAUGCUGAAAGAUGGGCAGUGGUUUGAAGAGUGGGGAGAUGUGCCUUCAAACAGACAAACACAAAUACGUCCCACUAUGUUUCCAGUAAAAGAUGAAGAGAAGCUGAAGGCAAUGAAUCUAGAGCGUUGUCUUAGGAUAUUGCCGCAUCAUCAGAACACAGGAGGUUUCUUUGUAGCUGUGUUAAUCAAAAAAUCUCCAAUGCCAUGGAAUAAACGCCAGCCUAAGAUUCAUCAGAAAUUACAACAAAGAACAGAAGAUACUGAAGUGACAGCAGCUAAUUCAAAUAAUGGUUCUGAAUGUACUACUGAAGAACCAACACUUGCUGAAAAUGAAGAGUCUAAGAAAACGCAAGAAUUGCAGAAUUCAGACACUGAGCAAAGCAAAAAGGAAGGAGUAUGUGGACCACCACCAUCUAAAAAAAUGAAGUUGUUUGGUUUUAAAGAAGACCCUUUUGUGUUUCUCCCCGAAGAUGAUCCAUUGUUCCUUCCUAUCCAGAAAUUCUAUGCAUUGGACCCCUCAUUUCCCAAGAUGAAUUUACUAACUCGAACUCAAGAAGGAAAGAAGAGACAGCUGUACAUGGUUUCUAAGGAGCUAAGGAAUGUGCUUCUGAACAACAGUGAGAAGAUGAAGGUUAUUAACACAGGGAUAAAAGUCUGGUCUCGCAACAGUGAUGGUGAACAAUUUGGAUGUGCAUUCAGAUUAGCACAAGAGGGAAUUUAUACUCUCUACCCAUUCAUUCAUGCAAGGAUUAUAAAUGUCUGCAUAGAAGAUGUUAAAAUUCUGCUAACCCAGGAAAAUCCAUUCUUAAGUAAAUUUAGCAGUGAAACGCAAAAGAAAGUCAAAGACAUGGCGAUGGGAAGUAUAGUUCUGAAGUACGACCCAGAUCCUGAAAAACCUGAUGAUCUUCAGUGUCCCAUAGUGUUGUGUGGCUGGCAAGGAAAGACAUCACUCCGUGCCUUUGUGCCCAAGAAUGAGAGACUUCAUUACCUGAGGAUGAUGGGAGUUGAAGUGUUUAAAGCGAAGAGGAAAGAGGAGGAAUUGGAAAGUAAAAUGACGGAAGUUCAACAUAGGCUGGCACAAACAGAGGAAGGAAUGGAUGUGGAAGAUAAAGAACAUGAUUUAGUCACAAAAAUGGAAGCAGAAAUAGGUGAAGAAUCUUCCCACAGUCCUGUGGAAAGCAGUGCUAUGGAAGUAGAAAAUAAAACUGAGGACUUAGAUCAAUUUAGUAAAAAUGCCAACAGUCAUGUAAGCCAGGAAAGCAAAGACACGGAUGCGAAUAAUGUGGAAGAUUAAGUUUCUUUAUUACUUGUCAGCUUCCCUGAGGCUGGCAUCCAGACUUCUGCUUUUAGCAUGCAAGUAUAUUCUAAAAUUUUGUUUGGAAUGAGAUGUUCCUUUUCUAAAGUUUCAUCUAUUUUAUUUUUAAAAUGAAAACUAUAAAGAGAUUUCAAGUGUGUCUUCUUUUUUACCUUUUUAAGCUCUGUAUUACUGGUGCGUUUGUGUGUCUGUUGCUGGCAAUGGACCAUGCACCCAGUAAAGCCCAUAUUUGAAAUGGAGUAAUGGUAUAUACAAAUGAACUGCCUGUGUAGCUAGUCAAGAAUUCCUUCAGAAGAAAAAAAUACAGGUUAUAAUUCCAAGCACAGAAGUUUUAGGAAAGUAUUUUUUCUCUUAAUAUUGCUUACCUACCUACCACCCAAUUGGUGUGAGUAUGCGUACAAAUGCACCUCUAGGAUAUCUAACUAACAACAUGGUUAACAUUUGUUUAAAAUGAAACCAUGCACAGCAUCCUGGAAACAAAAAUGCAGAAUGCAUUUUGCCAGAGACUGUCUGAGGUUCUUCUUCAGGGUAGUUAAUUGCUCGACAAGCAUAGCUAGUAAACCUCAUUAACUAGAUCUUUGGGUAAGCUGAGCGUGCCUCAAACUCCUAUCUUGAAAUGUGCCUGUUAACCUGCUGUGGUCAUCUGUUUCUCUUGUCAUUCUUUCAAGUGGGAGUCAUCUCUGAUUUUUGCAAGAUACUUGUCUAUAGCUGAAAUAACAGUUAAAAAGAAAGUGUGGUAUAUGUUGUUGUAUAGUAGAUGUUUAAAAGAGGUUAUUGAGUUCCAAAAGGGUAAUUUCCUUAAUCUAACUUCAAAAAAAAAAAAAAAAAAAAAAAACCAAACAAAACAGUUGGCUACCUCAGAAACUUAUAAAUUCCAUCCUUUGUGACUUGGUUUCAGCAUUACUGUAUGUACUUGUAUGUAGUUGAGCUGACAGCGAUGUGUAACCCCCACCCGGGCCCUGGGCCUGCUCCCAGCUGCCCCGCUGUUCCCUGGAGGGAGGCUGGGCUGGUACCGGGGCCCAGGGACCGUGGUGGUUCUCUUCCCUCGCCUCACCUGGGCCCCUCAGUCUUGGGCCUGCUGGGUGAGGUGGUGCCUGCAAGGUGGGUGCUGGUUUCUGGUUCACGUGUCCUGCUGCUCAUGGGGGUGAGGAGCAGGGCCGGGAGCAGGGGAAGGGCAGGUUCAGCCUGGAGAAGAGAAGGUCUCCGGGGAGACCUUAUUGCUGCGUUUCAGUGCUUAAAAGGGGCCUGUAAGAAAGAUGGGGACAGACUUUUUAGCAGGGCCUGUUACGACCGGACAAUGGGUAAUGGUUUUAAACUAAAGGAGGGGAGAUUCAGGCUAGACAUGAGGAAGAAAUCUUUUACAAUGAGGGUGGUCCAGGUUGCCCAGAGAGGUGGUAGAUGCCCCAUCCCUGGAGACAUUCCAGGCCAGGCUGGAUGGGGUCUGAGCAACCUGAUCUAGUUGGUGUCCCUGCUCACUGCAGGGGGGUUGGACUAGAUGGCCUUUGAAGGUCCCUUCCAACCAAAACCAUUCUAUGAUUCUAUGAAAGUGACCGGUGGUACAAGGUAUUGUCCUUCACUAGGAACCAUGGUGAUGCAAAUAUUUCUGUUGCAUGUCAAACUUUACCAUGUGUACUUUUACUGAUGAAUUUCUAAUGUGGCUUGGAUCCAUUUGCUGUACUUGCUACAACAGACUUUCUGAUGCCUGCCCUUGAACUACUUCAUUGAAGGGAGUAUUCUUGAGGGAGAGAUGUAAAAGUGAAAUAAUGCCAUGUCCUCUGAUAAGAUGCAAGUCUCAUGCAGUGAAGAACCAUUGACAGGACUCAUUUUCCUCUUGAGAGUCUGUAAAAUAGGUUAAUAAAAAAAAAUCAGUUCUUGCCCUUGUA